UUAUCAACAAAUAUGGCGACAACCGAGACAGCUGUCUGUGUUCUUUCUAUUUUGACUCCGCACUUCUGUGCAUUGUAACAAUAUGAAAGAAUGUAUUGGAGAAUGUCAACACAAAGUAACUUGAGCUUUGAACACAGAUGUCGCUGCUCGAGUCUGGCCAUAUAGAUUUGUUGAUUGGAAAGGAUUAGCACCUCACAAUGGGCAUAAGCGCUGAUAAGGGAGACACUUUGUGCUGGGUGUAGCCAGGUUUUUUUCUUCUGUGUCGUCUGCUAAGCCUGGGCUCAACUUCAACAUGGACCUGCCGAACACACUCAGCUCCACCCUCGAUUACAUAGCGGAACUGCCGGUGGUUCAGUACUUGGUCUAUUUCGUCCAGAUUUACUAUGAGAUACUGACGGACAAGAUGGUCUUGAUGCUCAUUUCUUUUCUGGUGGGGAUGGGGGUGAUGUUGUUUUUGGAGCUACUUUUUGUCUACAAGUAUGUUAGAAGUUUACCAGUAGCUCCGCCCCCACAAUGUGAACCUCGGGACAUUCAACUACCUGAGGUCCUAAAAAAUCGCUUAGAUCACUCCAGUCUCAAACAAAAAGAAGAUUGUAUAUGGUGGAAUUUUUUAAUGCAGUUUCUUUUUUCUGAACUGAGAGAUUCCUUACAAAUACGAAGAUUUAUCACAAAGAAAAUCCAGGUGGAGUUUGAAGAGGUCCUCAAGUCAAAGAGUGGAGUGUUUGUUGAUGAACUCUUUCUUCGUGAUUUCAACUUGGGAGACAAGUUUCCAGUUUUCAUGGCUAUAUCUGUUGACCAAGCAGACGUCAGCAAUGACAUCAUACAGACACUAGACCUCAAGGCCAGAGUUGUGUAUGAUGGAGGAUUCCAGAUUGCUAUUGAUGCUGCAUUGCCAUUUGGGAGGAUGGCUUUUGUGUCCGUCAAAGUUCUCAAAGUUAGAGGUCUUGUCCGGUUUCGUUUCACACUGCUACCAUUCAGUCAUUGGUCAAUGUCUUUUUAUGAGGAGCCAGAAAUUGAACUAGAUGUGAGUGCCCAGUUAGACGGUCGACCAAUGACCAAACUUAGAAACAUCAUCGCUAACCAGAUGCGGAAGAUCGUCAGGAAAAAACACACCCUGCCCAUGUACAAGAUGCGAUUCAAACCUUUCUUCCCUCCCCGGCCCGACCCUGGGAGAGAGACUGAGCACCACCUGCAGAUGGACGGAGUGGACAUCUGCAUGGGUGACCUGGAGGUGACCGUCUUGUCUGCCAGCAGGCUGCCCUUUGUUGCUAAAGGAUCAAAACUCUACUGCACCAUUUCUGUUGAUAGUCUGCCAUGGAAACAGCUGGUGAGUGUGGAGAGAAGCAGAAACAAAAUGUUGACACUAGAGUUGGUCAAGACAUCCACAGAUCAGUCCUUGGGCAUGAUGGUCAAAGAUGAAAUACUGGCAGACAGGUUCCAUCCUAUUGUGAUAAUUGCUGAGGUUGUGAUGGGCUCUCCAGCGUACGUGGCUGGCGUACAUGUGGGUGAUGUAUUAGUUGGUGUAUCAAAUAACAAAGUAACUUCAGCCAAGCAAGCAAUGAAAAGCUUCAAGUGGACUAAAGAUAACAAGAUACAGAUACAGAUAGAGAGAGUGAGUAAUGAGAUGGAAGAUACAUCCCUAGACCUCAGCUUUGUGACCAGGAAAGUGAGCAGCUGGCACAGCAACACUCCUGAAAAAUUACCAGGGGCAGAAUCCUCCACCGCCCCUGAUCCCCAUCCUCACCGCUCAGAACCUACGAUUAAGGAUCAACCUCAUUCUCCCACCAAGGCAAAGACAACCAAGUUCAAGGACGGUUCAGAGAACCCAGUCUGGAAUCAGAAUUUUUUGUUCUCUGUGGAACCAGCUCAUAAGUUUUUAAAUGUCUGUGUCUGGAGCAGGGGAGGCGAUCGCUCAGAUAAACUGGAGAUUAUCAGCUCAUCCAAACAUGAUGUUCUGGUCGGCUAUGUGAGUCUGAACCUGGAGGACAUCUACCUGCACUGUCUGAUCACCUUGAAUGGUAAACUACAGGACAGGUUCAAACUGAAGCAUGGCCAUUAUAAAACAGAGGCAGAGUUAAUAAAGUUAUGGUCAGUUCACAAAGGGUUUGACCCAAAUCAGAUGUAUGGGGAUAUCUCCCUGGCCUUCAACUUUAACCCUUCCCUGCUGUCAGCUGGCCAGCGCCAGGCACUGACCAGCUGUAAAAUGUCAGCUGUCCAGCUGCACCAACAGCUGCUGGACAGGAACAUGAAAACAUCCAAACACACAGGUAUCAACUUACACGACAACAUACCUGAGGAGCUGAGAAAAGAGAGCAAAGAAGGGCACCAUCAAUUUGACAGUAAAACAUUCAUCACUGCAACCUUUUGUGACUACUGUGGUAAAAAGAUCUGGAUGAAGGAUGCCUUUAAAUGUAGAACUUGCAACAUGGUCUGCCAUAAGAAAUGCUUGGUGAAAUGUCUGCUGAACACCAUUUGUACAGAACAUGGUGCCAGAAAAAGAAGUGGAACUGACUCUGAUGAAGUGUGGGUGCCACUGGCUGACGCAGGCAAGGUCAGACCUUCACUGAAGCCAGAUGAUCCUGUGGACAAGCAGGCUUUAGAAGAUGAACUUUUAAAUGAUGAUGAUGAACCUUACGAGCAUAUAAACCCACAAGAUGGGGACUCAAUUCAAAACCUGGCCCAGAUGUUGGAGACUGUGAUAGCCGCAGCGGAUGAACCCACAACAUCUGGACUACAGAAGGCGGACAUCACACCAGAUCCGACUGCUGUAUCUGGCAGAAGAUUUCGCAUCCUUAAAGAGCAGACAGAAAGAAUGAAAGACAAUGUAAUGAAGCACUUAAAGAGAAGUAAAGUCCAGACUGCUCUCAAUGAUAAAGCCAUAAUGGCCGCUAAAGACCUAGGCUCUCGUCUGUACAUGGACAUGGACCCGACGCUUAGAAAAGAUAAACUCGAGGAGCUGGUCAGAAACCUGGAUGAGCAGCUGAAGAUGGAGAUGCAGAACAAAGAAGCCAUCGAAAAAGACCUGGCGCAACUAGAAAGUUCCGACAAACAAAACCCCACGCCCAAGACAAAGGCAGAGAUCAAAGCUUUAAACAACAAGGCCAUCAAGUCGGGGGAGAAGCUGGACGCCAUGCGUCUGCUCAUGCUGCAGUACUGCUCUGGUCUACAGAUGUGCCUCAAUUCAUUAGAAGCAGAGGACGGCGCCAAGUCCAUCCAGAAGGAUAACCAGCCUGUGGUGAAGCAGGAGCCAGCUAAAACGGACACAGCCACGAAAACAAAAUCAUCUCCUUUAUCAGGGCUUGUGCGGCGCGCUGGGACAUCCGUCAAGGAAAAAGUAACUUCCAUCAAGAAAGAUUUCGGCAAAAAGACCAAAAGCUCCGAGCCAAAAGACAAGUCGCAGUUUCCUCCAGGAGGGUCGAAUAACAACAAGGAAGUGGCGACCGGCCCAGUUGAAGAGGUUGAGCUGCUGCGUGAGACGGACAUGAAGAAAAGUUCUAGAAGUCAGAGUUCCGGUCAAGUGGAGAUCAGGAAAACUGAACUGGACAUGCUGCAACAGGUUUUCAAGGCGUCAGAUGCCACGACACCUGAGGGUGGCAAUUUGGCUAACACCUCCCGCCCCUUGGUUGAAAUUAAAGUUAACGAUGAAGAUAUCUCCACCCACAAUCAAGUUAAAGACACCAUAGAUUAUAAAGAGCCGAGACAUAAGUUAAAAGAACAGCUUAGCCUAACCAGAUCUAAUUCAGACUCUGGACUUGAGAUUUGUAAAAUGUUAAGCCUAAGUCCAGAAGAUAUCCUCCGUUACCGUGGCAACUCACUGCCCAAGAUUUUAGUCACAGACAAUUCUGACUCCGAUUCUGAUUUUUUCGUGGUGGAUUCUUCAGAUGAUGAGGUGGUUGUUUCAGACAGCUGUUCGGAUGUGGAGGGGGAACCUGUGGCAGUAGAGGUGAAAGGUGUCACAAAGACAGAUGACCAAGACAGCGACAGCAGUGUUGAUCAGCAUCGGGACACAACACAACAGCUGGAGACUUUUCAAGUCUAGGGGGCCCUUUUGUCAGAAAGGUUUAUUUAAUGGCAUGUUGUUUACAGGUCUAGGGGGCCCUUUUGUCAGAAAAGUUAAUUUAAUUUAAAGGCAUGUUGUUUACAAGUAUAGGGGGUCCUUUUGUCAGAAAAGUUAAUUUAAUGGUAUGUUGUUUACAAGUCUAGGCAACUCUUCUAUCAAAGAAGUUUAUAAAACUGAAUGGCAUUUUGUUUAAUAUUCACAUAGAGGCUUUGAUUGUCCAACAUAAUAAUGUUGUGUGGAAUGCCAUAAAAUUCUAAUAUAACUCUUUAAAAUAUUAAUACUGUAGACGGUCCUGCUUUCAUUGAAUUGCACAUUCUGUAUCAAAAUAAUUCUGUCUGUGUCUAGUAUAGACAGAGGUAAUAGAAUACAAAAAAAGAAAAUUAUCUAUUUAUUCUUAACUUUUGUAAUACAACAUUUAAUACUAAAACAAUUUUUUAUAUUUCUUCUCUAUAUAAAAAUUGCCAACAUAAAUUUAGCCUUUACUUUAAUAUCACCCUAUUGUUUCUAAAGUCGCCACCUCUUUUCCCGUUGUUCUCGCUGCCACUUGUUAAGGUCUUACACUUGGCCAAUAUUUGUGCCUAGACUUAGUUCUGACAGCAAUAUAUGCCCCCGCCUGGAUCCAUCGAAAAGUUGCAUCAAAAUGGUAGGCCUACAGAACAAAGUUUUUAAAAAAAAUGUACAAAAAUAGACAAAUUUUUUUUUGGAACAGAAUUCUAAAACAAAUCUGAAUGUCAUCUCAGUAAUUGAAUUUGUUAGGUGUGAAAAGAUGGAUUAAAAGAAAUCGUUAUUCUAUCUCUGGGUGAAUGAGAAAUAAAAUUAUUUGCUCUUACUUUUUUGUGUUGUUUUAAAAUUGAUUUGGGUAUUUAAAAUUUAGUUUUUCAAUUUGUAUCAUUUCUUUGAAUACAAUGUAUUAGUUACUUUUUUCUUUAUGUAAGGUUGAGUUCAAUUAUUGUGUACAUGUUUAUUUAACUACAAAAUUAUUUUUUUUUAAUUGCAGCUCAGAUGAAGCUGGUAUCUACUUUAUAACAAAUUAUUUUAAAAUGUCACUGAUCUCAACCAUUUUAUUUUGUUCCAUUGAAAUUAUGUGAUUAGUUUCUUAAUUUUGUUUUUGUAUACAGUGAAGCCUGCCUUAAAC